AAUGAAAGUUAUUUUCUUCUUUUAAGCCCAGUACUUUAUCAGCCCAAAAUUUCUUCAAUUCUACCAAAUAAACCCCCAAACAAAAAAUACUAUUCAGUUUCCCCCUCUCCUUUCAAUUUGCAGCAGCAGCCAAAGAAGAAGAAAGAUGGGUGGAAGAGGAAGGUCAAGGACUCAAAGAAAACACUUUAGACACAACAGAGAAAAUGUAUGGAAAAGAAGCAAACACGAUGAUGCUGAGCAGACAGACAGUGUUGUUACUACUAAUGAUGUCAGCAACAAAGAGCAACAACCUAGUAAGAAACAUUGGGAACCUUUUGCCACUCAAAAUCUUGCCUUUGAUGAGUAUUACAAGGAGCAAGGAAUAGUGCCAACGGAAGAGUGGGAUACUUUUAUUGGGUCUCUCAGAACUCCUUUGCCUGCUGCAUUCAGGAUCAACUCCAGUACCCAGUGCUAUGAGGAUAUUCGGACCAAGUUGGAGAACGAUUUUAUGAAAUCUAUUCAGGCAGAGGGUGUAGAUGGGAGUGAGAUCGAGGGAAUAAAACCAUUACCUUGGUAUCCAGAGAAUCUUGCUUGGCAGUCUAAUUUUUCACGUAACCAGCUGAGGAAAAACCAAGUACUUGAGAGGUUCCAUGAGUUCUUGAAGCUACAAAAUGAAAUUGGAAACAUUACGAGACAGGAGGCUGUUAGCAUGGUUCCUCCGCUGUUCCUGGAUGUACGCCCGGAUCAUUUUGCUCUUGACAUGUGCGCAGCUCCCGGUUCGAAAACAUUUCAGUUGCUUGAGAUGAUACACCACUUGGCUGAACCUGGGACAUUACCUAGUGGAAUGGUCUUAGCUAAUGAUGUUGAUGUCCAAAGGUGUAACCUUCUUAUUCAUCAAACAAAGAGAAUGUCUACUGCCAACUUGAUCGUCACAAACCAUGAAGCGCAGCACUUCCCAAGCUGUCGUUUAGAUAGAAAUUGUGCAAAUGGUUCUGAGACACAAAAAGUGAGUGAAUUAGAUAUUAAUCAACUUCAGUUUGAUCGUGUCUUGUGUGAUGUUCCAUGCAGUGGUGAUGGCACUCUGCGGAAGGCUCCGGAUAUAUGGAGGAAAUGGAAUGCUGGAAAUGGUAAUGGUCUCCAUGGGCUACAGAUUCAGAUAGCAAUGCGAGGAUUGUCUUUGCUUAAAGUAGGUGGAAGGAUGGUUUAUUCAACUUGCUCGAUGAAUCCCAUUGAGAAUGAGGCAGUGGUUGCUGAGGUUUUGCGGAGAUGUGGGGUGUCCGUUGAACUCGUUGAUGUGUCCAGUGAGCUUCCUCAGCUUGUUCGCAGACCAGGUCUUAAAAAAUGGAAGGUUCGAGAUAAAGGAGCGUGGUGGACUUCUUACAAAGAUGUUCCUGAGUGCCGUAGAAAUGCAAUUGUUCCAGGGAUGUUCCCCUCCGGCAACACCUAUGUGGAUGCAUCUGAGAAGAAUGAUGAUGCAACUAGAGACCAAUUGUCUGAUAGUGGAAAUAAUGGUAAUGGCAUCGCGGCGUUGGAGAAUCCUACAACUGCAGCUACAAUCUCAGAUGAGGAAGUUUCUACUCUGCCGCUGGAACGCUGUAUGAGGAUAGUGCCUCAUGAUCAGAAUAGUGGAGCCUUCUUUAUUUCUGUCUUUCAAAAGCUCUCUCCUUUGCCGGCUGCAGCCUUUCAGCAGAAGAAACCUGUGUCUUCGCGAGGGAAGUCGAGUUCCAGUGAUGUUAAGGUCAAAGAAGAUGUGAAUGUUGAGGAUGUCAAGCCAUUGGAUUCUGUUGGCAGCCAAGAAGCAACCAUGGAUGAUGCUGAUAUUCAAGCUGAAAGUGUAACAACUAAGGUCAAAGAAGAUGAAAACACCGAGGAUGUUAAACCAGUGGAUUCUGUUGGUAGCCAAGAUGCGACUAUGGAUGAUGCUGAUAUUCAAGCUGAAAGUGUGACAACUAAGGUCAAAGAAGAUGAAAACACCGAGGAUGUAAAGCCAGUGGAUUCUGUUGGUAGCCAAGAUGCAACUAUGGAUGAUGCUGGCAAUGGAACAGAUGAGACUGCUUUGAAUACUGAGCCCAGUGAUAUAUUGGAGAAAGCCGAUAAAGAGGAAACUCAACCUUCAACUGAUAUAAGAGCUGAGCCCGAGACUGCUUUGAAUACUGAGCCCAGUGGUAUAUUGGAGAAAGCUGAUAAAGAGGAAACUCAACCUUCAACUGAUUUAAGAGCUGAGCCCGAGACUGCUAGAGGCAAAAGAAAAUUACAAAUGCAAGGCAAGUGGAGAGGGGUUGACCCGGUUAUAUUUUACAAGGAGGAGGCUGUUGUGGGUAAGAUAAAGGAUUUCUACGGUAUCAAGGAAUCCUUUCUAUUCGAAGGACAUUUGAUUACAAGGAAUAGCGACAUGAACCAUGUGAAGAGAAUUUAUUAUGUGUCAAAGUCUGUGAAGGAAGUUCUGCAUCUCAAUUUUCUAGCUGGUCAGCAGCUUAAAAUAGCUUCAGUUGGGCUCAAGAUGUUUGAGCGCCAAACAUCAAAAGACGGUGCAUCUGCACCAUGUAUAUUCCGCAUAUCAUCUGAAGGAUUGCCAUUAAUGUUGCCACAUAUAACCAAACAAAUAUUAUACGCAUUUCCUGCAGACUUCAAGCAUCUUUUGCAGUACAAGAGCAUUAAAUUUGGUGAUUUCGUGGAUGCUGAAUUUGGUGAAAAGGCGUCACAGCUGUUGAUGGGUUGUUGUGUCGUCGUUCUGAACAAAGAAAAUAAGACGCUGUCGGAAGCUCAAGCAGAUCCAUCAACUAUUGCUAUAGGAUGCUGGAGAGGCAGGGCUAAUAUCUCAGUAAUGGUUACCGCUCUUGAUUGCCAAGAACUUCUUGAAAGGAUGUCAAUGAGUGUGGCGGAGGAAACAAAAGCAUCCUCGCCAGAAAUCAAGCCAUCAACUAACAAAGCAGAUGAAAUUGUUGAACUAGUUGAUGAUGAAGCUAAAGAAAACAUAGAACAACCAUGAGAACACUCCUAUUAUAACAAUCACAAUUUUGGACGCUUGUUAUAGGUUAACCAUGAUUAUGAAUUUAGUAAUUGCUUGUUGUAGGUUACUCAAAGUUUAUUCAAUACAUCUGCAAAGAUAAUUCUUAGAUGAAGAUGGUUUGAAGAAUCCUCUUAUUUGUGUAUUUUUAAAUUUUUAAUCAAUAUGCAUCUUUUGGCAAUUGAGCCUAAA